UAACUUGUCUGAAAAUGGCCUCGAUCCGACCAAUGGAGCUCGAGAAGAUGCCCUAUACUGAAGAGGAGCCGCUCACUUGUGGUGGAAAAGUAAAGAGAUGGUGCAAAAAAUAUCUUCUCGAAGGUCAACAUCUUGAAGAAGGUCAAGCUGAUAAAAUGGCAAAUCUUCCUGAAAAUCCAACAUUUGGAGAUCUGGUUUUCAUAAAAUACAGGAAAUUCGUCGCAAUGUUGAUCCCAUUCCUUCUGAUUCAUACAAUCUGGUGGUCUACUGCAAUUCGUCAUAAUCUCUUCCAAUUCUACAAUGAUUAUUGGCACAUGCCAGUUACCAUGGCACUUGGAUCUUUUGUUGGUGGAAUGACUUCUGAAGGAUCCGGAGCUGUGGCUUUCCCUGUAAUGACUCUUGCUCUUCACAUCAAACCGGAAAUAGCAAGAGACUUUUCAUUGAUGAUUCAAUCGAUUGGAAUGACGUCAGCACUCGUCUGCGUGCUCUUUAUGAAAGUGAAGUUCGAGCAUCGUGCAGUUAUAAUUGGAUGCCUUGGAGCUGUACCUGGAUUUAUUAUUGGAGUUCAUUAUAUUGAUCCAUUAUUUAGUGGAGCUCAAAAGAAAAUGCUCUUCGUUUCAAUUUGGACAGCAUUUGCAUUUGCAUUGGGAAUUUUGAAUGCUCAAAAGAAGAGAUCAACAUUCCGUGAAAUUCCAGAAUUCUGUGCAUGGAAAGGAUGGGUUCUGUUCUUUACUGGAAUUAUUGGAGGAAUAUUUGAUGCAUUUGCUGGAUCAGGAAUUGAUAUUUGCAUCUUUUCAGUUAUAACUCUCUUAUUCCGUGUAACUGAAAAGACUGCAACUCCAACAACUGUUGUACUCAAGGGAGUUAUUGCUGUUUUUGGAUUCUACUACAGAGCUGUUAUGAUGGGAGAUAUUGAUAUUAUGGCAUGGAGAUACUUUGCAGUUUCGAUUCCAGUUUCUGCUGCAACAGGACCAAUCGGAUCAUUCUUGGGAUCACAUCUUCAUCGUCAAGUUGUGGCUGGAUUUGUGUAUGUUCUUGAGGCAAUUGCUCUUGUUGGAUUCCUCUGUACAAAGCCUGCAUGGCAACUUAUUGCAGUCGGAGGUUGCAUCAUCCUUGGUGGAUUUGUCUUCUUCUCGGCACUAUCCAAAGCUGGAUCUAUUCUGAUGAACCGUAUUGAAAUCCGCCAAGAAAAAGCUGCUCAAAAAGCUGGACUCACUUCUGGAACUUAUUAAACAUUUUAUGUAUUCCAAUUGUUUUUCGUAACGGGUUCGCUUUGAUAGUUUAAAUCCUUAUUUUGUUCAACCUCGCUCUUUUCUAUGUGAAAAUUUGUUGUGAUCUCUUCAGUAUCUAGUAAUAUAGUCUAAAAUAAAGAUUUAAAAA